AUGGAAGCACUAGCUAGACUGUUGCUUAGCUACAAUGAUGCAGAGAAUCGCAGAGUAGACCCUAAUUGCGCCGAUGCUAUGUACCGGCUGAGCCCCCUAACCAUCGCAGCAAUAAAGGGACAUACCAAUAUCGUCAAACUUCUGCAUGGAACUCUAGGAACUAUAUUUGUUGACGUAACUAAUACAGGACGCACGCCUCUCUCCUUUGCAGUCGAGAACGGGCAUGUGGAAAUAGUAAAGCUUCUGAUAGACAACGAUGAAUUAUUCUCUGUGCAAGACUGGUCGAGCCGAUUGAGGGCUCACAAUGACCAUCAGCGGCCGGGGUUUCGCCCAAGACACUGGUCCUAUUACAGCCGCCUACUGCCACCAGAUUUACCACCCUUACAAUGGAUGCCGAUGCCUGCGUAUGAAGCAAUUGUGGAUCUGUUACUUAAGGGUAGGGGUGCACUUGAAGCCACCGACCGGGAUGGUAGGACCGCUCUCUGUUUGGCCGCAGAAUGUGGCUACGAAGAGGGAGUAGAGAUUCUCCUUAAGAAAGGGGCUGCGUUGCAACCUCCAGACCGAUCUCCAUUAUUGUUCGCCCUGGCAAACGAACAUACCUCAAUUGUACGCAUACUGCUAGAGGGAGAUACAGCUCAGACAUUACACGCGGUCUCAGAUGGACGAAUGACACCGCUAAAUUUAGCGGCAUCGCGAGGAAAUGAAGAAAUGGUGAAGCUCUUCCUUCAGAAGACAGUUCAUCAGGAGCAUGCCUGUUUCAGCUCUAGUUGGCGGCCGCUUAUAGAGGCGUCAAGAGAGGGCCAUACCGGGGUGGUCGAGUUCUUAGUCGAGUUCUUGCUAGCCGAGCAAGCCCGAAGAUGGCCAGGAUAUUCUAGUCUUUGGCAGCCGCUUUUCUGGGCUGCCUACGGCGGAUAUGUCACAUGGUGGGAUUGUUACUCUCAGCCGGGCGAGCACCUGAUGUGGGCCACUGCUGCAAUGCAUGGCCACACGCUUGUCGCGGAACUGCUGCUUGAAACAGGGAAAUGCGACGUGAAUGCCCGAGACCAGCAUGGGUGGGCACCGCUGACAUGGGCUUCAAGGAGUAGCGAUGAAGAGAUGGUAUACCCAUUGCUGGAAAAUGGAGCUGAUAGUGAAUACAUCGAUGCUCCAAGUCCCCCUCCUGUCUUUCGCUACGGUGAUAUUCCCCUGGGACAUGUUGCAUCUCUGCUGUCAAGCGUGGAUGGGGAUGAGGCCCCUUAUUACUUCUUCCGUGAGCCACUCGACUCCGUUCGAGGCAGACCUCGCCCAAGUUUCCCUACUUACUGUUACCCAGUGUCUUUUACUUAG